AUGAGUUCUAACUCGUUGCUGGAUGAUGCGUCUACGUUGCUGAUGUUUUCCAAGGGCAAGAAUGAGAAAGACGGCACUGGAGCUAGCGAUAAGCACAGGGAGGAUGUGUUGCGGAGCCCCAAGAACCUGGAGGCGGCGAACGCGGCUGCGGCGGCGUUGGCGGCUGCCGCUACUAUUCCUUUGCCGUUGAAGAGGACGCGUACUAAUAGCCAUGACGGCAGCACGUCCAGGAGGUCUUCUGAGUCCGACAAAGAAGUGUCUGGCGAGGUUAAGAAACCAAAACUAGAGCAAGGCCCUGCGAGCGAAAGCUUGGAAAAACCUGUGGAGCAGCCAGAAGGUACUACGAAAAGGAAACCAGAUCAGUGGCCGGUUUCAGAGUCGUACAUUGUUGAUAUCGAUGCUGGCAUCAUAACGUGUGUGUGCGAUUUUGAUGAUGACGACGGGUUUACAAUCCAGUGUGAUCAUUGUAACAGAUGGCAGCACGCCUCAUGCUUCGGCAUCGACAACAUAGAGAAUGCGCCAGAUGAUUUCUUGUGUGACAAGUGUGAUCCUCGAGAGAUAGACGUAGAGGCCGCAAAUAUACGGCAGAAACAACAGAGAGGACUACUUGAGAAAAAAAAGGAAUCCGCUAAACCUUCAAAUAGACGGGACAGUGGUAAGAAGAGGAACUCAGCUUCGCAGGAAACCUUCGAUGAGCUAGAGAGUACGACAUCAAGGGAGGAUAGCAAGUCCAAUGACAUAAACAAAGAUAAAAAAAGGCGCAACGACAGUAAACAAGAGACCGUGACCGGAGGUAAAUCUGAAACUGCCAUAGAACCUGCACCCUACGUGCCCCCCAAUGAUGUCCAAUUUAAGAAAGAAUUUUUGUUAACACCAAAGGACGCUUAUUCUGCAACAUAUGUACACUCAGAUGAAAAUGAAUACAAGGAUAAAUAUGUGAAGUUAUUUAUUGACAAGCACUGUGAUGACGAUUGGGUCAUUCAGUAUAACAAAAAGACAUUGAAGACCGUUCCAAUCGAAGUCAAAUCAUAUUCCGAAUCAUCAUAUGCAAGAACAUUUCCUGCACAUACUAAACUAGGGGUAUUCACAAAGGAAUAUUGCAACAAUGGAGAUCUUAUCGAAGAGUUCACAGGGCAAGUUGACUUUCUCAAGACAUACCUGGAUGACACCAAGAACCAUUAUAGGAUAUGGGGCACAGCAAAAAAUCGUGUUAUUUUCCAUCCUCACUGGCCUCUUUAUAUCGAUGCCCGUAGUAAGGGCAACUUGACGAGGUUUCUAAGAAGAGGCUGCAAACCAAAUGUAGAACUGGUAACAGUUUGCCUUCCAUCCGCUGGCGAGGAGAAGGAUAUUAAAUUUAUUUUAAGAGCUACUAGGGACAUUGAUGAGGGUGAGGAGCUCUUAAUUGACUGGAAGUGGGAUUUACGUCACCCAAUAAGAAAUUUUAUUAGUGGUGCAACAACCUUAGAUUCUAUGAAUGACACAGACAAGUACUCAAUAAUACAUUCAGUCGAAACAAUUAUGAGUGCUUGUGACUGUGGCUGUGGCACAAAUAGUAAAGAAUGUUAUCUUUUAAAAGUAAAAAGAUACUCACAAGGAUUGUACAAGUCUGUUAAAUCAAAGAUCAAAAUGAAUAAUCGUUACAAAUUAAACCAGAUUUUGAACCAAUACCAGGGUAAAAAAAGAAGACAGAUGCCUAUCACUACAAGAUUAAUAGAUGAUGCUAUAAGGCAGAAAUACAAAGCUCCUCUAAUCUUAGAUUCUUAUCACGAGGAGAAAAAACUUCAGCAGCUUUUGAAAUCAAAUUCUGGAAGCAAAUCUGUUAUUUCACCAGAAAAGGCAGCCCUAAUCCAAAAAUCCAUCGCCACUAUUAAUCAAAGUAUCAAUUCAGUGGUGUCACUAAAACCGUAUAAAUAUAAUCUAGUCAAAGGUCAAAUUGACGUGGCUACAACUAAAAUGCCAAGUCCUCUUGCCCAAUCACACGGUCCUUCAGACUUCAUAAAGAACACCUCUGCUGAGGAAGCAAUUGUAUUAAUCACAAAGAUCACUGACUAUGAUGAAUCUAAAGUUAAUAAUAUCACCGACUUACCAAUUCCAGUACAAAUCCCAAUAGCUAAAGUAGAGAAAGCCACAGAAAUGGUUACUGAUCCACAUAAUAAGCCUGUUCUUCAUGAAAAUAAAUCAAACAGCACUACCACAUCAGAGGUCUCUUUAGAUGCAAGAGAAUCAGAUAAUGCUCCUAAAGAAAUCAAACACGACUACUCUACGACUGAGUCCUCUACUGUUGCUAAUUCCUCGAAUUUGAAAAAGAAGUUAAGUUUUGCUGAUUAUAGGAAAAAACUGCAAAAGUAG